GGGUUUAUGAAGAAUAAUAGAAAAUGGAGGAUUGAUUAGAAAAGAAUGGAUUAGUGCGAUUUAGGAAAGAAUUGGAUGGGAAGAAUGAACAGAAGAUGGCUUUGAAGGAUAAAUUCAAUAAACCUAAUGAAAAAAGAAAUCUCAAGCUAAAUCAGACAGCGACAAACAAUGUAAAGAAAGAAUACGACUGCAGCCUUCCAACUGAAAGAAGAAUACUGUGAGCCAGUCCACCCUCAUCUCUUUCUAAAUACAGAAAGAAGCUACCCAAAACAACUUUGAGGAUGCAUGGAGAAAAGAAGCAAAAGGAACAAAGGGGAAGAAUUUUGUCACCAAUUUCCUUUAAAAUCCUACACCCAAACUUACUAUCUCUGGAAUUAAAGGGCAAUUCAGAAAAGUACAAAAUAACUCGGAAGAUGAGGAAGACUCCUCUGGAUAACCUAAAGAGUCGGAUUAGGUCAUUGUCUCCCAAAAUGAAGAGAUUAACCCAACAAGCGUUUAGUAACACCUCUGUUAAGAGCACGAGGAUGAAGAAAUGAAAGAAGAAAAGCAAAGCUGAAGAAUACGAGAAAUUAAGCAAUCAUCAAAGCAUCCCAUUUGAAGAGGAUAUGCAGAAAGUUUUUGGAUACAUGAUGACUAAGUUCGACUCCUUCCAUUCAAAGAUAUCUGACUUGAAGUCUAGACCUGGUUUAUGCAGGUCUCCUUUCAUCUUAAACCGUAAACUUGAGAAACUCCAAUCAAGCAAAGAAAAACAAGGAUCUAUUAAGAUGAGCAAUUAUAGGACUAGGUGUAAUGUCAAGACUUCAAUAGUUUUCAGUAAUAAUUUCAUGAAAGACCAUAGCUUAAAGGAGCAAGGAGGAAGGAAUCAAGCAGUUGAAUCCAGCUUAAAAAUAACUUCAUAUUAAAACUAUUUUGUACAUCCUUACUUCUUUUUACAUCUGAAGGGUUUGUUGGCAAAGCAUGCAAUUUUAUUGAGCCUACUUAAGAGGGGGUCAAAAUAGGCUUGCAAAUCAAGAAAGAAUACCUCCUUAGGGUAUUUGUAAGGAUUCUCUUCACCAAAACAUCUUAUAAAAUCAGCAAUGUUCUACUGAUUUACGUUAUUAUUACCAGAUGAAACUUAUUCGAAUUUCUGAAAGAUUCUCACCAAACUAGUGAAAGCAUGCUUCCUUGUAAGUUUAUUGUAGCCAAAAGAAAACAAUGGAGGAGUAAACAGACUUUUAUUAGGUUUUAGCUUUGCUUAGAGGAAUGACUGCUGCAAUUUACAAUGAUAAUCUAAGUACUUAAAACCUUCACUAGCAAGAGCUAUGUCCUGUUAUUCCCUUCUUUCUCUUAGUAUUGACAUAAAGGUGUUCAGAAUAGCAAUUAAGGAGGUCUUUA